GCUCGCCAUAGGAGUUGUGGAAGCCUUGUAGUUCUGUGAAACUGGCAAAUGUAUACAUUUAGCUCACUACUAGGACGUCAUCUGUCAUUGGCAAUUCAUGAAUUCUACGAGGGAUGAAGAAAGCCCCACCACGCAGGGCUAGGGUACCAUUCUCGUGGCGAUGCGAGUCGGAGUUGGCCACACAAGUGAUUUGAAAGACUACACUAAAAUUUAAGCUGUUCAGUGUUCAUCACUCCACAUCCACCAAGAUGGCACAUAGCCAGUCGUCAUCCAAGAAAGAUAAUGAGCCUCCUGAGUCAUCCAGCAUUUCUCCAUUGCGUAGUGGAAUGAAUGUACACCAACAAUCCUUUACAUCACAUAACUCUUACACUGUUUUGCCGGACAUGAGUGAAGGAGAAUCUUGUGACAAGGGAGGACCUAAACCUCUUCGGUCAUUUCCCUACAACGACGGAGGACCUAACCCUCCUCACUCGCCUCCCGACAACAAUGAGAGGCCUAAACCUAUUAGUAACUCAUCUUCCAACAAGAGUGGGAGACCUAAAACUCUACAAUCAUCUCCAAACGACAACGGAGGACCCAAAUCUUCUCACUCACCUCUCAACGACAGAGGGAGGCCUAAACCUAUUAGUAACUCAUCUUCCAACAACUCAUCUUCCAACAAGAGUGGGAGACCUAAAACUCUACAAUCAUCUCCAAACGACAACGGAGGACCCAUAUCUUCUCACUCACCUCUCAACGACAGAGGGAGGCCUAAACCUUCUAGUAACUGGUCUUCCAACAAGAGUGGGACACCUAAAUCUCUUCAAUCAUCUCCCAGCAACACCGGGAGGCCUAAACCACUCCCAUCAUCUCAAAAGGACAACAGAGGACCUGAACCUCUAAAAUCAUCUCCAAGCGUCAACGGUGGACCAAAAUCUACGUCUGUCAAAUCGCCCAAACGGUCUCCAAAUAAGAGUUUCAGGAAUCAGCACGAAGCAGCAUCGGAAAGUUCCCCCUGGACUCUGCCAACAUCUGGUCAGACCAGACAAGGGCCCAAGAAAAACGAAAUGAGAAACAAUGGAAAGACAAACCACAGGUUGCCGAUCAGUGGUUCAGUCAAAGAAGCCUUCAAGAGGUUGAAGUCAGAAGCGGGAGGACACUUCACACAGCUGUGCGAGAAGUGUCACGACAGCUCCCCACCAAUCACGAGUGUCAAGUCUCCCAUCGGCCCACAUUGCAGUUCGCCGCUAGAACAUCCGUGGGAGCCUAACAAGGUGUUGGGCCACAUUCUGGACAUGAAGGAGGGAAAGAUUAGGUACCUGAAGAUCAGACAACUGCCUCGGAAUACUUUGAAGAAGUCGCUGAAACUUUGUCCGAAUAUGGACAAGCAGUCUGGAUGCAUACAAGGGAACUCCUGCAGACGGGCUCAUAACAAGGUUGAGCUGAAAGUUUGGCAGUACCAAGUUGAGCACAACGUCAAUUCAUUUAAAAUCGCCCAGUUAUGUUGCACAACAAACUGUCAUCCUGAUAUCUCCACUGUUCCAAAACUGCUGCAAACUCUGCAGUAUGUCAACUGUGACGGCAGUCAGAGUACAUCCAAUCAAAUGGUCUCGUACUAUGAGAGUAAACAAUCAUGGUGCCAGGUUCGACCACGCCCCCCUUCGCUCAACCCAAUGACAACUCCAACCUUGUGCAAAUACGGAGAUGAAUGUAGGCAAGCAGAUUCAUGUACAUACCCACAUCAUUUGGAGGAAAUUGAACUUUGGAUUUACAUGGCCAAAAACCGAUUCAGAACAUUGGAUGAAGUCCUAUCAGCGAGCAAGUCGCCCUCUGCCUACUACUGCCAUUACUGCCAAGAGCAAUUUCCCCAUCGAGGGAAUCUUCGCCAACAUUUGCAGACGAUGGAGCACAGGUCCAAUGUGGACUCUGACAAGGAGAAAGCGGAGGACUGGAAAUACAGAGAACUUCCGCUAAAUGUGCUCAAUGGAAGCUUUAUUAAGCAAUGCAAAGCAUUAGUGGAGGGAGGAACUUGCCUCUUGGGUGAGUCUAGUUGCACCGACGCACACAGCCGAGAGGAGUUAGCGGAAUGGAAGGAGAGAUGCGAAUACCGUAUGAUGAAGAGAAGAAUGGCCAAGGAGCAGGAAUUGUAUCCUCUCACUGAGGGUGAUCUUCUGGAAUGGCAAAAUGCUGGACAAAAUGUGAUGACUACAUCGCUUCCCACAGGAGUCACCAUGGAAUGCUCUGAUGAAAAUUUGACUAAAGUCUUGGAAGGAACAGAGAAAUCAAAGGAGUCAUUUAAAUUUAACAUCACAGCAACAGAGAAGAAUCCUCUGAGGAAAGUUUACCUGCUUCGUGAUGAUCACCGGAAGUAUUUCCACCUACUCAACCCUUUGGAGAGUGGAGCUAAACUACAGGAGUGCCCUGGCGUUUUUCUUGAAGUUCGGGAUGAUGAUGUUGCUGCCAGCCCAAGAUAUUGUGUCAGUGUUGCAUUUGAGUCGAGUAGCAUGGGCUCCUUCAAGCAGUUGGUGGCGUUUGAUUUUGGUAGCAGGCCGAUGGUAGUCCGGGAAAUAAUGGUUGAAGUUGGUUCCCAAGCACUGCAAACACCAACAACACAAGACGAAAUAUCCAUGAAACCCAACUGCACAGUUGUCAAGUUUACUGACGAAUCAAAGACCAAUAAACCAACACUUAUUGAGGAGGAAUUACUGGAGAAGUACAAAGUACCGGUUUCGCUCAGCAGUGAUCAUGGCCGCUUAGAGCCACUCAGUCGGGAAAACUACAAACAAGUCAUGCAUGAUGCUCUUUAUCGGGAAGAAAAUGAGUGCAACAAGAAGAUUGCUCGGUUCGCAACAUCAGGUACACUGAAGGUUUCAUUGCAGGCUGCGCUGCCGGGCGUCCGUACAGAAUAUGCUCAAGAUGGAUAUUUUUUUGCUUCAGUCAGUCUCAAAGAGUCUCUCAUAGAUGACACAAUGGCUAGUCAGAUCUUCAUCAAGAGUGUCCAGAGUGUGCUACUCGAGUUUACCGACUCUGAUAAGUUGGCACAUUAUGAAGCUCCCAUACUUCCCAACCAGACAUUGGGGGAUAAAGAGGAGGAGGUGCUACUCAUCAAGCUGAGUAAGGAGUGUAUCGCAGACCUACAACUUGAGGAUGGAGUGGAGCGUAAUGUUAAGCUCAAAUUUCAGCUCAAUCGAGAACAUUUUUGUGUCAAGCACUUUGGCAUAGAUGAGAUGCAGAACAUGGAUUUAGUGUUUCCAGAGGGAGAAGGGCCACAGAUGCUACCUCCAUUCCCUUCAUCAGGUGUAGGCACUGAUGAGAAAAUCAACGCACAUCAACAAAAAGUCAUUGAUUUAAUCAGUAAACAUGGCGGUAGCGAAGCGCCACCGAUGCCUGGUGUUGGACCAGUCCUGAUGUAUGGGCCCUUUGGAACAGGAAAGACCUCAACAAUGGCGAUGGCGGUGAACAAAAUCCUAAAACCACGACCGUCGUGUAAGAUUCUAAUCUGCACACACUCAAACAGUGCUGCUGACUUGUACCUUAGAGACAAUGGAACAUUCCGCAUGAUCCGGAUUUACGCAACGAUGCGCAACAAAAAAUCCAUCCACCCUACCGUCCUUGAGUAUGUCCCCAAGGAUGCCAACGGCAACAUUCGUCUUCCGGAUAAAACAGAAAUCCUAGCAGCCCAAGUUGUUGUGACGACACUUACCACGGCAACGCAUCUUGUCUCGGCUGGCCUUCAUGGAAACUUCUCUCAUAUCUUCAUUGACGAGGCGGGCCAGGUCCUUGAAGCUGAAGUCUUGAUACCAUUGACCUUGGCAACCAAAGAUACAUGCGUUGUGUUGACCGGUGAUCAUAUGCAAAUGAGUCCAAAGGUUUACUCAAAGGCAGUUCGCGAUGCGGGUUUGGACAGUUCUCUAUUGCAGCGUUUGUUGCUGACGAAGAAAUGCAAGCAGAAGUUCCUGACGUCAAACUACCGAACCUGCCAGUCGAUUCUGGAUUUCACCUCCAAGACGUUUUACAAGCAGAAUCUGAAGGCCGGGAUAAGACACCUGGAGCAUCCACAUGUCAAGCCAAUGACGUUUUGUGUAGUGAAGGGAGUUGAAUACCACUCGGGAAUGUCCUAUGCCAACAACUAUGAGACUCAUGAAGUAGUAAGACAAGUGAAACUGCUGAUGGAAGGAUGGCUUACUGCAGAAUGGGGAGACUUCCAAGAAAAUGUUGCUGUUUUGGCUGCUUACAUUAUGCAGGUGCAUCUAAUACGAGCUUAUCUGAGGAAGGAAGGAUUUCACAAUGUGACGGUCGACACUGUGGAUAAUGUCCAAGGAAAGCAAUUUCGAGCAGUUAUCAUCAGCACAGUCCGCACCAGGGUCAUUAACAGUCGUCAAGAUGUGGAUUCAGAAUUGGACUACAGACUCCUCUCUGAUCCGAAGCUGGUCAACACCGCAUUUACUCGUGCCCAGUCGGUGCUGUGUGUUGUUGGUGAUCCAGUUGCCUUGUGCUCUGUCGGUCGCUGUUCCACUAUUUGGCAGGACUUUUUGAAAUGCUGCGAACAAAACGAAAGUCUGCAUCCAUUGGGAACUACAGUCAAAGCCAUUGAGGGAGAGAUCCAAUCAGCAAAUCGAAAGUUGAAUCCAAAAGCAACUCCUUUCAAGCCCUCCAAGAAGAUGACCAACAGUUCACCUUCUCACCAGAACCGAGAACAAUUACUGCCAUUCGACCUCGACGAUGAGCAGGAAUUUCCGACACUAGGUGGACCCUUGAAGGAAGCUCAGGAAACACAGGAUGACGAUGAGGGUGCCACUCGUGAGGAUGACUCAGAAGUCUACCAAGACGAUGAGGAAUAUAUAUUGCGUGAGAUGGAAAGACAAGUUGAAGAGGACAACAGAAGAGAAAUGAUGGAGAAAGCCACUGAAGAGAGUAUCGCAAAGGUAACCAUACAGAAGAAACCUUCGGAUGGAGAAGUGGGUGAUCAUGGACAAGGUGAUGGGCCAGAAAGUAUCGCAAAGGUUGCCAUUCAAAAGAAAGGAGAGAAUGAAGAUGUUGGUCAACUGCAAGGAGACAUGGAUGUAGGUCGUCAGGGACCAGACGGUCUGGAAAGUAUCGCAAAGGUAACCAUACAGAAGAAACCUUCGGAUGGAGAUGUGGGUGAUCAUGGACAAGGUGAUGGGCCAGAAAGUAUCGCAAAGGUUGCCAUUCAGAAGAAAGGAGAGAAUGAAGAUGUUGGUCAACUGCAAGGAGACAUGGGUGUAGGUCGUCAGGGACCAGACAGUCUGGAAAGUAUCGCAAAGGUAACCAUACAGAAGAAACCUUCGGAUGGAGAUGUGGGUGAUCGUGGACAAGGUGAUGGGCCAGAAAGUAUCGCAAAGAUUGCCAUUCAGAAGAAAGGAGAGAAUGAAGAUGUUGGUCAACUGCAAGGAGACAUGGAUGUAGGUCGUCAGGGACCAGACGGUCUGGAAAGUAUCGUCAAGGUUGCCUUUCAGAAGAAACCUUUGGAUGGAGAUGUGGGUUAUCAUGGACAAGGUGAUGGGCUGGAAAGUAUAGCAAAGGUUACCAUUCAGAAGGAACGAGAGCAUGAAGAUGUUGGUCAGCUACAAAGAGACAUGAAUGCAGGUCAUCAGGGACAAGAUGGUCUGGAAAGUAUCGUCAAGGUUGCCUUUCAGAAGAAACCUUUAGAUGGAGAUGUAGUUCAACAGCAAGAUGACAUGAAUGCAGGUCAUCAGGGACCAGAUGGUCUGGAAAGUAUCGCAAAGGUUGCCAUUCAGGAGAAGCCUUUCAGAACGGUGGCAGUUCAACACCAAGAAGGAGAAAAUAUGGGUGGAAGUCAGCCUGGAGGAGGCAAUGAAGCAGAAAGCAUUGCCAAGGUUAAUAUCCAAAAUAGAAAUGCCGUCGAAGAGUUAGCUCAACGACAAGGCGGAGGUGCAGAUGGACAGCAGCCUGCAGCGGGUGGAAAUGAUGAACAAGAAAGUAUUGCAAAAGUUGACGUUCAGGAGAGGGCAGUGGAAAGAAAACCUAACCGUGAAGAGUUGCCUGAAAUAAAGAUGAUGCCGAAUUCUCGCGAGAAACAGAAGAUACGCAUGCAAAAUAAGAACAACUCAAUUAGGUUAUUGAACUUCCACUAUGACCGAUCAAAUCUCCAGGGUGCUGGCUGUUGUGAUGUGGAAGAUGAGGAGAAAGAUCAGGAAAAUGGCUUAGAGAUGCUGUCUGAAGAAAAGCGCUGGGAAGGUUUGUCACUGGUUUCGAGUAAUCCAGACACCUUCAAGAGAUGUUGGUUUCAUUUUGAGACAUCGGGGUACGUCUUUGCGAUUCCAAAGGGUGAAUGUUCCUCCGAGAAGAUAUGGAUCUGCGGUAAAAAGAAAAAAGGGCAGGCCCUAGACAUGGACGAAGUUGUGGUUGAAAUCCUUGAUGAAUGGGAUAGAGAGAAUGAGAACCUGGCAGAAAGCAAGGAAAAGAAGAUUUACGGAAGAGUGUUCUGCAUCUUGAAAAGGUCAACCAAUCCAGUUGGAAGGAAGAUCGUCUGCACCUUGGAUAGACACAGUAAUAAUCUUUUUGUGCCCAUUGAUCGCACAUUUCCCAAAAUUGCUGCUUUUUCGCGUGCAAGCAUGAACAGUCGAUGGAAGAACAGCCGGAAAACUGGUGAUGUUGUUCAAGUUACAGUCUUCAAGGGAACAGGACCACCAGGGAAGUUUGAUAGGUUUGCUUAUGUUCAAAGGAAAGAUAAGCUAAACAAACAUUUCGUUGUUAAGUACUCACAUUGGCAUCCUGGUCACCAGUUUCCUAUGGGUUACGUUGUCGAAGAACUUCCUACUGCAGACAACAAAGAAAAAGGAAUACACACCUUAAAACUUACCCACGGGAUAAGGGAAGACUUCAAGCACGAAAUCCACGAAGAAAUUGAGAGGAAAUUCCCAGGGGACUGGACCAUUCCACAUUCUGAAAUACAGAAGAGAAAAGACUUAAGGAGCAAAUGUAUCUUCACUGUGGAUAAUCCUGAAACACAGGACCUUGAUGAUGCCCUGAGCAUCGAUGUUGACAAAGAUGGUCAAUCCCGUGUCGGUAUUCACAUUGCUGAUGUGUCUUACUUUGUGGAGAAAAACUCUGCUGUUGACCAAGAAGCAAGCGAGAGAGGAGUGUCCUUCUACCCUGCAUUGUCUGAGCCGGUCAACAUGCUGCCUUCUCGACUUGUUGACCUGUGUAGUUUACAGCCUGGUAAAGACAGACUUGCCAUGUCCAUUUUUGUCAUCAUCCAAAAAGAUGGAUCCACCCCUGUGGUAGAUGCAAUAGAAGAAUCUGUGAUUCGGUCCCAGAAACGCCUCACCUAUGAGGAUGCCGAGAAACUGAUAGCGACUCAGCAGGGAGGGAGCGAUGAGGUGGAAAAGGUACUGUUCCAGCUCGGCCAACUCGCCCAGCUUGUGCGUAGAAAACGUCUAGGAGAAGAUGGCUGCCAUGUUUUUUCCCAUGGUUCCGAGGAAGAGGAGCUCCAACACCCACGUGCCUCAUCCAUGGUAGAAGAAAUGAUGCUGAUUGCCAAUGAGGCAGUGGCUGGUCGUCUCAUGCACGAACACUCCAAGUUAACUCCUCUCCGAAGUCAGCUUCCGCCAAGUCCUGAAAAGCUCGAUGGGUGGCACUCUAAACACCAACAUGAUAUUCCAAACAGCCUGUCCUUGACAUCGAAGGCAAAUCAAAAAAGCAAAGGCCAGACAGGGGCAUCGAACGACGUAUUCAUAGUGAAAGACAAAUGGCAACAACUCAAGAGCAUGGCUGACAGCCCUGCACCAAAUAAUUUUAUGCAGAUGGCUGACAUAGUGUGCUGUGAUCAAAACCACCCACAGCUUGCUGUGGCAGAAAGAGAGUUCUUUCAUUUGCAGGAACCGGCAACAUACAUCUGUUCAGGUGACCACCAAGAGAGCAAGAAGAGGAGACACCACUCCCUUGGUAAGACAUAUACCAACUUCACUUCCCCAAUACGAAGGUACAUCGAUAUCGUGGUCCAUCGCAUGCUCAAAUGUGUACUUCAGAAAGCAGCCCAAGCCUCUGGGAUGACUGGUGUAUCCGCGAAACUCCCCUACACAAUGGAAGAGAUGUCUGCGAUAUGCCAUCAUAGCACCGUUCAGAGUGUGAGAGCGAAACGAUUUCAUAAAGAAACAAAAGCCUUGAUGUUUGCCUUCAAGCUGAAAAAGGCCCCGGAGACCCUCCCAGCAUACAUUGCAAGUGACGAAGGUGCUAACUUGGAGCUCUUAUUCCCACAUCAUUCGUUCAUUUCAAAGACAGCAUACACGUUCCCUCUGUCACAUCUCAAGCCCUACACAAAGCAAGACAAAACUGACAAUGAAGGUGACCAGAUUUCACUGACAUGGAAGUCACGAAUAUAUGAUAUAAAUGUAAUACCAGAGAAAGUUACCUCGUUAGUGAAGCCUCCCAUGAAGAAGCUUGACUCCGAGCAGUUUGUGGUGAAGAUAAAGGCAGCCACCUGGCAGAGCAUGCAAGAGAAAAUAAAAGAAAGAGACCUGCCAGGUUUUCGGCAAAUAGUGAAAAAAGAACAGGACAGACUUCGGCGGAGAGAGUCUGACAAGAGAUCCAAGAGUCAGAUUGACAAGAAAUCAACCCUUCCUGUUACGGAGGUAACAUCUGAAAUGGUCGACUCCAAGGGAAACCAUGCAACAUUUGUAGAGAUGUCGCGUGACUUUAAGCAGGGUGAUGUUCUGCAGUUCACCCUCUCUGCUGCUCUUUUUAAGGGUGUGAUAUCGCCAAGGCCUCAGUGUAUCAACUUGACAACAAAACUAAGUUUCUGCAUAGAGCAUCGAGCAAAUCCCCUCGAGAGCUUCAACGUGGUUGCCUCAAAUUCCCUGGUUAAAUUCGAAGACAUCAAGAAGUACAAAGCCACCUGGCUUUCUAUCAUUGAGAUGGUCAGCGCUCAUGGUGCUGUCCAUGCUGAUGAGACAGUCUUCAUUCGCAACAUUCAAAUCAAAUGGUCCCAAGUCAACGAAGAAGGUACAGAGCCGAGGAUUGAGGGUGUGUUCGACAUCCCAAGGUCUUUUCUGAAGGAGCGUAAAAUCAAAUUCAGUUUUCAUCACUUCAAGUCUGAUGAAGAGGAAGAAUCUGAUGAUGAAGAGGUGGCAAAUGACGAGCCAGAGAGAUACCUGGACUAUUUGUGCAUCCAAUACAACUUGGGAAAUUCUCUUACUGAGCUGCUGGACUCCGAAGCAGAAAAUGAGAAUCACCCAAAUUCUGACAGUCCAAGACGGACAAAAGCUGUUCUUCAUGCAGCAGUGAUUGAUGUGACUAAGUACAAAUCCGACCUGACUGUACGCUUUGUAGUGAAAGGAUCAUCUUCACCAUUCCCGGAAGUCUUGUUGAGCUCCAGCAAACAGUUUCCCUGCACAGUGGAGGUGAUUCCUAAAGGUGAAAAUGACAGACGCCUGGAGGAUGCUGUGAGGUUGGUGGAAUAUGCAUCUCCCAUGAUUGAACAAAUUGCUCUGGGACUUCAGCCAGCGGAGUUGUGUGAAAUGAGAAGCAAGAUACCAAGUCUUCAUCGCAUAAUCGACAGAGUAACUGGGGCCCCAUUCAAACUGAAUGAAGUCCAAAAGACUGCAGUUACAAUGGCCGCCAAACAAUCGUUCACCACCAUUCAGGGACCACCAGGUACAGGAAAAACCAUCGUCGGUGCCCGUAUCACUAAAGUCUUUACCGAUUUGAACAAGGAGCUCCAUAAGUCGGGGAAGUGCAACAAGCCUCAACAGGUGCUCUAUUGUGGCCCCUCCAAUGAGUCUGUCAAUGUUGUUGCAAACUACUUGCUAAGCUGUAAAGUGAAAGUAGUACGCGUCUACAGCAGUAUGAUUGAAGACCAGCAUCAUCCUAUUCCCAACUCGCCAAUCAGGAAAGACCCUACCGUCCGGGAUAAUGUGGUCCCAGCUGAGCUCCGACCCAUCUCACUCCAUUCUUUGAUCCGUCAACCCUCAAACACACACAGCGAAAAGAUCAUUGAGUUUGACGAGUUAUUCAUGACUCAAGACUUUCAUGCGUCCCGAGAGGAAGUGAAGACCUACAGGAAAUUAAUUGCGACAGCGAAGGAAGAAGAGAUUCAAAAGUAUGACGUCAUACUCGCCACUUGCAGCCAUUCGGGAAGCACUGUGAUUGCAGGCAAAGUGAAUAUCGCCCAGUGCGUCAUUGACGAAGCUGGAAUGUGCAGCCAGCCUGAAACGCUGAUUCCUCUUGUCUUUAAUAAGCCUCGCCAGAUCGUACUGAUUGGCGACCACAAGCAACUCAGGCCAAUUAUAACGGAGACUACUGCCCAGCAGCUUGGCAUGGAGACUUCUUUGCUUGAACUGUAUGAGGACAAGGCCAUCAUGCUGACUACGCAAUAUAGAAUGCAUGAAUCCAUCUGCGCAUUCCCCUCGCAAACCUUUUACGAGAGCAAACUGGAGACUGCCAAUUCUGUGAAGCAGCGACGGCCAGAACACCAGAAGCUCCUCAAGAAGUUGCCUGGUGGUGAAAAUUUCCGGGCUGUGUUCUGUCAUGUGUUCGGCCAUGAAAAGAUACUUGCCUGUAAGGCUGCAGAAGGGAAUGAGAUGUCCAGAGCAAAUCCAGAAGAAGUCAAACAAGUGGUGAGAAUUGCAAAUAACCUGCUCAAUCAAGGCGUCAAGCCGGAGAACAUCAUCAUUCUGUCCCAGUAUCGUCUGCAAUGUGCUGAAAUCAGAGACGCUCUGGCAUUGGAUCGACGUGAUCUGAAGAAGAUCAAAGUGACUACUGUUAUCACCAGUCAAGGAAGGGAAUGGGAUUAUGUUAUCCUGUCGCUGGUCCGCUCUUUGCCGAAGGUUGAGAUUGAGGAGAAACCCAGUCUUGGAUGGAUGCAUCACAAUCUUGGCUUUAUCAUGGAUGAUAACCAGGUCAACGUUGCCCUGACACGAGCCAAGAAAGGAUUAAUUAUUAUCGGUAAUCAGUUUCUGCUUCAGGUUCAUGACAAGUGGCGUGAACUCAUUUCCAUGUACCGAGACAAAUCUGCAGUCGUUAACGCAAGGAGCUUCUUACGAUCUUAAGGACCAGUGUCUCAGUCACAAAUCAUCAUCUUCCUGUACGGUGGAGAAACGUCCUCAGGAGUCAACUGGCAUGUUGUCCUUUCUCGAUGAUUGGAUCAUCUACAUAUUCUCCUCAAGUUAUCGUACCCAUCAGAACCCAUGCUGUGUCAUUUGCAGAUUGCUCACUCUCCUGCUAUGGACCAAAAGAAAGGAACACUCUUCCAAAUCACAUCAAGGAUGCUUAGUCCAUUCAUAUUAGUUUCAAUUUUCGUGAGGAUGGUAAUAGUUUGAUGUGAAACCAGGAAACUAGACUGGUUGUUUUGUUAUUUCUUGUGAGGAAGGCAGACGUAUAGUACAAGCUGUGGCUGCUUGUCGGACCUUCCCAUAUACUACUACUAAGUUAAGCAUUGUACAUGUAUUUUACUUCAGGCAUAUGGAAUAAUAUAAACACAUCUAAGUGUUCACAGAAUAUCUAAGUAUUUACAAAAUAUCAAAAUAUUUUCCUCAGUCUUGAAUUAGUGCCAUAAUUUUGAAUUACUGAAAUGAAUAGACAUCCUUUGGUGGAAGGAUAAUUUUGUUAUGUGUUGUAUAGUUACAUAGUAUUUUAAGUUUGAGAAUAGUUUAGAAUUAAUGUAAAUUUCACUCAGUAAUGAAAUGAAAAAGGCAGGACCUGAUAUACAUCCAAUCACCAAAGUGAAGGACUCUAAAGGAAUGGAGCCAGUAGGCCCAAACAAUAAGUGCCUUUUAGUUACCACACAGUUAGGCUAUUUUAUCUAAAUUUAAACAAUUUGGUGUGAUAUUAUUUAGGAGAAGAACAAAUAAGAGGGAUUGGGCUUCACUCUACCCAAACUGCCUAUAGUCUGUCAUUACUAAUUGAUUUGUUUAGUGGUGAUAACACAAUAGAUUAUUGAUAAAAUAUAUGUAUAUAUUUAGCAGAAUAUUUUGAUAUUGAUAAAAAUUAUAUACAUUUAACAGAGUAUUUUGUUAUUUUAAAGAUGGAUGGUUGUAGAUAUUGGUGGUGGUAAGAUAUCUGAAUGCAGAGGUUGUGGGUUCAAAUCCCACCCUGUGGAUUUGUUCCACAGGGCUCAGGAAAGUGCUGAGUAUACAGUGCUCAAUAUACAUCGGUGUAAGGGUAAAAACAAAUUAUUUUUAAAAUCAAAAUGCAACUGAUUAUUUUAUUGGACUGAACAUAUUAUUUAUUUUAUUUUAUAUUUUGUUUCUUUCUAAUUUGUUAAACACUUCAUUUUUGGCUUAAAGUAAAUGGUUAGCCUAGUCAUAUUUUUGCAGCUGUAAAUUUAAAAUAAGAUGUAAAUUAUUGUAAAUAAUUAGUUUAGUUAUUUGAGUACACCGUGCAUUAAUUAAUUAAAAGAAGUUCUUUGUUGACAAAGAUUUUUUUUAAAUUUAUUUAUUUAUUUAUUUAUUUUUUAAUAUUGUCUAAUCUGCUAUUAUGCUCUUAUCAUACUUUAGGCUAAUUUCUUUCUUGUUGUGGAUCGCUUUGUGUUGAGCUGGCCUCGAUCUUUUCUGUGUUUAAUGAUGUUUUUAUUCAUAGGCCUACCUAUUUUCUACAACAGGGACCAUUAUUUCUUAAAGAGCUGCAUAUUAGCAGAAAAUGUUGCUUUUAAAAGUCUGCUUAGCAAAACUAGGCAGGGAGCCGGUCACCAGUUUAUACUAUAUAAAUGCACUUGAAACAUCAUGGCUGAUAACUCUUUCCCACUGAGUAUUUAGCGAAAAUGUUUGAUGCAUAGUAAGUUUUUGUGCUACUGCAGUUCCUCUGUUUGUAAAAAAAAAUAAUUACAUCCAAUUUGGUGUAAGGGCUGUUUGUAUUAUAUUUGUGUUUUUAUUUUUAUAUAUUUUAAAUAUUACAAAAUCAAAUACACUAUUUGAGUGGAGGCACUCCACUUAUGAAUGAAUUCUAAAUAAGUGAAGAUAAUUAUUUGGUGAAUGAUUUAUUUCAGUUCUGCUUUAUACCAUUUUGAAAUAAUUACAUUAUGUUUCUUAAAACUAUAAUAAUUUUUUAUGAUUUUGUUUUUCUAUUAACUAA